AUGCGGCAGCUGCUCCCUCUCCCGUUCACGAGGACGAAUCCAAAUAGUCGCGAAGACUCAAAAGAAACUGCCAGCUCAAAAGCUAGAUGGAAACCCAAGCCGGGGAAGACAUUCACGAACUCCGGGUUGGCUAAGGCUAAGCGUAUAGCAUUUCCCGAGUUCAGUCGGCAACCCUAUCAAAGAUCCACGCAGCAGCGGCUCGGACAUUGGUAUGCACUUCCCUUUCUCUCUCUAUUUUCCUUGGUGUUCAGGGAAACCAAGGCGACUUGUCCCACCGAAAGCAUAUGGCCCUGCACUUGCUCCACUGAUCAUGAAAGCGACUACAUGAAUCGUUGGGAAGAUUGGAAUGGUCAUGUGAGAGUGGAUUGCUCGAAUGCCAUGGAAAGUGGGGAGAUUUUAUCUGCCUUGAGGAACGCGAAAUGGCCCUCCACGCAACUUUGGCAAUUCUACAUGAAGUUCAACAAAGGAGUUGUGGAACUUCCUGAGGGAGUCUUGGGUGACCUUUCCUUCCAAUGGAUAUAUGUGUGGGAGACCUCAUUGAAGAACAUUCAUCCGUUGGCCAUUCUCCCUUCCAGCAAAAGACUUGUGAAUCUCACCAUUAAACACAGUCGUUUGAAAGACUUUCCAUUUCAUAACCUUUCAACAUUCGACCACCUCAAAGAACUCAAUCUAGAUAACAAUACCUUGACGUCAGUCCCGGCUCUUCAGAGUGACAGCCUCGAGACACUCAUUCUUGCUCACAACAAGAUCACUCAACUUGAGGAAAACCGUUGGGCAACGCCCAACUUGCGAAAACUCAACAUCAUGUCAAAUUCAUUGACCUCGGUCCCAGCCUUCAAGUUUGAUAACCUCGAAAUACUCAAUCUAUCACAUAAUAAGAUAAUGCAAGUGAGGGUAAAUGGCUGGGCGACUCCCAACUUAAUGAAUCUUGACCUUUCAUUCAAUUCACUGACCUUCGUCCCAAGUCUCAUGAUUGACAGCCUCGAAAUACUCUCUCUAUCGUCCAACCAGAUUAGUCGAGUGGAGGAGAAUGGAUGGGCAACUCCCAAAUUGAGGAAACUCUACCUUAAAUCUAAUCCAUUGACUUCGUUGAAAGCCCUCAAGAUGGAGAGCCUUGAGAUGCUCUUUCUUUCAUUCAAUGCGAUUGCGAGAGUGGAAACGAAUGGAUGGGCAACCCCCUGUUUGAGGACUCUACGACUCUACUAUGACAUGUCGACCUCAGUCCCAGCCGCGAAGAGCGACAGCAUAAAGAGACUCAAUCUGGAAAAAAGUGAGACUACAGAAGCAGGGGAUGACGGAUGGAUUGUGCCCAACGAGGAGGAACUCGACAUACGCCGCAAUCCUCUGUUGGAGUUCCCAUUUCCAGUGAUAAAGAGCCUGGAGAAACUGGAAGAAUUCUCUUGUUCACCAUGCAACCUGGGUCCCACUAUUUCAAGUGGGCUCUUGAAUUUUCAGAGCAAUGCAUUGAAAAGGGUGUCCCUUGAAAAUGGAGGUAUCUCACGACUGGAACCAGGAGCCAUCACAGGUCUCAGUGCCGACACACGAGUUAGCCUCGCUGGAAAUGAGAUUACCACAAUGAACGAGAGAGUGUUUCAACCGAUCUUGAAGGAGAUGUCCCAGGGACACGGCUUCCUCGAUAUAAAGAACAAUCCCAUCCGGUGUGAUUCCAGUUUGUCCUGGCUGGCAUUCGCUCCUGGAUUGCUGAGAAAAGUUCUCGGUUCGUGUGAGGAUGGGACCGAUUUGAAGGACCCGGAUCUGAUGGAGUCUUUGAAAGUCAUCUCGACGAUGGCAUGUCCACCACGUCCUCAGUGUCCUGAUGGCCGCAAUCCUCUGUUGGAGUUCCCAUUUGCAGUGAUAAAGAGCCUGGAGAAACUGGAAGAAUUCUCUUGUUCACCAUGCAACCUGGGUCCCACUAUUUCAAGUGGGCUCUUGAAUUUUCAGAGCAAUGCAUUGAAAAGGGUGUCCCUUGAAAAUGGAGGUAUCUCACGACUGGAACCAGGAGCCAUCACAGGUCUCAGUGCCGACACACGAGUUAGCCUCGCUGGAAAUGAGAUUACCACAAUGAACGAGAGAGUGUUUCAACCGAUCUUGAAGGAGAUGUCCCAGGGACACGGCUUCCUCGAUAUAAAAAACAAUCCCAUCCGGUGUGAUUCCAGUUUGUCCUGGCUGGCAUUCGCUCCUGGAUUGCUGAGAAAAGUUCUCGGUUCGUGUGAGGAUGGGACCGAUUUGAAGGACCCGGAUCUGAUGGAGUCUUUGAAAGUCAUCUCGACGAUGGCAUGUCCACCACGUCCUCAGUGUCCUGAUGAAUGUGGAGUAAAGAGACGAGUUGCGACGUCGGGAACGGGCCCCGUUCACAUGGCAAGUGGGAAGGAAGCUCUCAUAGGGGAGUGGCCGUGGCAGGUGGCCAUCUACGAUAGGGCGGUUGAGGAAAUCAUAUGUGGAGGAGCUCUGAUUGCAGAGCGAUGGGUUCUCACCGCAGCGCAUUGCGUCGUGGAUUACGAACCCUUCUUCAGUAUCAGAGACGAGAGGGACUUCUUGAUCUAUCUCGGCAAGCACUAUCGGAAUAACUAUAUGGACGACGAAUUUGUGCAAACAAAGGAGGUGGCUCAAAUCAUCCCGAACGAGAGAAACUGGCGCCUAAGGUUUCAAUCUGACCUCGCACUAUUAAAACUACACGAGCCAACCAAACUGACGAAUGGAGUUCAACUGGUCUGCCUCCCCACUCAAGAAUACCUGUCUCGGAGCAAUGCACUACAAGGAACAAAAGGAUGGGUGGCAGGUUGGGGUCUCGACGCCUCGGAUUCUCCAUCUAAGUUCUUGAGAGAAGUACGACUUACAGUCUAUGACAUACUAAGUUGUGAAAAUCAAACCGCUACAACCGUAGGGAAAUUGCCCGAACUCACCGAUGCCCAUUUGUGCGCAGGACACCAGCCAGACACUCAUACUUCUACAAAAUGUGGAGUAAAGAGACGAGUUGCGACGUCGGGAACGGGCCCCGUUCACAUGGCAAGUGGGAAGGAAGCUCUCAUAGGGGAGUGGCCGUGGCAGGUGGCCAUCUACGAUAGGGCGGUUGAGGAAAUCAUAUGUGGAGGGGCUCUGAUUGCAGAGCGAUGGGUUCUCACCGCAGCGCAUUGCGUCGUGGGUUACGAACCCUUCUUCAAUAUCAGAGACGAGAGGGACUUCUUUGUCUAUCUCGGCAAGCACUAUCGGAAUGACUAUAUGGACGACGAAUUUGUGCAAACGAAGGAGGUGGCUCAAAUCAUCCCGAAUGAGAGAAACUGGCGCCUAAGGUUUCAAUCUGACCUCGCACUAUUAAAACUACACGAGCCAGCCAAACUGACGAAUGGAGUUCAACUGGUCUGCCUCCCCACACAAGAAUGCCUGUCUCGGAGCAAUGCACUACAAGGAACAAAAGGAUGGGUGGCAGGUUGGGGUCUCGACGCCUCAGAUUCUCCAUCUAAGUUCUUGAGAGAAGUACGACUUACAGUCUAUGACAUACUAAGUUGUGAAAAUCAAACCGCUACAACCGUUGGGAAAUUUCCCGAACUCACCGAUGCCCAUUUGUGCGCAGGACACCAGCCAGACACUCAUACUUCUACAACAUAUGAGACGCUGUGUGAAGGAGAUUCAGGGAGUCCUAUUGUCUUCCAGACGAACUCGAAGCAAGAAAGAAGUCCCUGGUUGGUCGAGGGAAUAUUUAGUCACAUCUACAUGAAUGAAACCCAGAAAUGCUCUGAAUUGCGCCCUGGCCAGUUUGCCAUCUUCACCAGGGUCCAUAAGUAAGACAUGACAUAUUUAUUCCUAUCCCUCAUCUAUCGCGUU